UGCUAUUUGCAGUGCUAUUUUCUGGGUAAAAGGUUAAAGGGGAUGUCCAAUGCUAUUUCAUGCUUUCUGGGUUAGAGCUAUUUAGACUAAAAUUAAAUAACUGUUACAUCUGUGAAGUAAUGCUGUUAUUCUUUGGCUCCGUUGUUGUUUCUGUUAUUUUCUAUUUAUUCUUCUGGAUUGGUUGUGUAUAUAAUAGGAGGUUGUUGCUGAUUGGACCAGAGAAGAGGCCUGGAAUAUUAAUUCUUCUGGAAGUCGUCUGGAAGGAACCUCUGGGAGUCUCUGCUUGUUCUUGAUUGACUGUUGUAGCACUGUGUGUUAAAUGGUGGAAAUGUAGUGUGACAGAGUGUGGUUUCUGUGAACUCUUUAACAGAGUGCUGUUAGCCUUUGGAUACCCUGUGACCUUUCAUGUUAAUAACAUCAUUUUUCUAUUGAUUCUAUAUGUAUCUUCAUAUUUAUUUGGGAAGUUGAAAGGGGUAAGUGCAUUUGCUUUUGUAGGCCAAGAGGCCAGCAUCUGUUCUUGUGUUUAUGGAUAGACAAGGAGAUAGGGUAUACUAUUAUAUGUUUUUUUGUUUGUUUGUUUUUUAGCCGGGUUGUCUAUUAUUUUGGCAGUAGCUCACCCCUGAAUGUUUUGCUUCCGUUAUUUCUUGAUUUAAUUUUCUCCUGCUUUGUUUAUCUCUUUCAAGAUAUUGUUUGUAAACACAGAAGAACAAUGCUAUAAAAAACAAACAAGGGAAUGGUAAUUGUUUCUUUUGUCGUUUAUGUUACACCCUGACCUCGACCGAGGAUCGCCACACUGUAAUUACAGAUUUAGCUUAAAUUAAUAUGUCCGUCUAUAUUUUUCUUAGAGCAGCAGUAGCUCUAGGGCCAUCUACAUCAAAAGCAGCAGGUCAGCCCACAACACAGCAAACAUUUCAGAAACAAUAAUAAUAAUAAUACUGUUGCAAAUAUUCUGUAUGUUGUUUAAAAAUCUAAUAUAUUGUGGUCGGUAAAAGAAAAGUUUUUCUUUUUACCCAGAAAUUUUAGAGCUGUAACCACAACAUUGUUGUGAUCAGAACUGUGUGUCUGGUUAUAAAAUGCGGUUGUCACUCCUGUAUAUAACAGUGUGUGAAAGUAACUCAAAUACAGGACUGAUAACUGUAUUCUGCUGCUGUGUGAAUGUGCUCCAUGUUUCAGGAGUGAGUCAUGUUGCAUACACAGAAUGAGAGGAUUCACUCCUUCAUUAAAAUGCACUUGUAAUUCGUGAAACUGUGCAGUGUGUACCUGGCCUUUGAUGUAUUUGUUUUCAAUAUGUAAAUCUGAAUUAAGUGGAUGAAGUGGACACAUAAAAUAUUCUCUAAUUCUGUCAUUCAAUUUUUAAAAGUGCACUUAAGCAUCUUCACACAGACCUGAAACACCAGAACUGUCUCUUUCCAAACCUUUAUUUUGUUUUCUAACAAUUAUGGCAGACAAUCAUUCAUAUUCAAAAAACUAAAUAACAAUCUUAAGACAACAAGCUCAGACUGAAGACAGCAGCAAAGGGUCAAAGUACACAAGUCACAAUCAGUAAGAUAAUAAAAAUGCAGAAACUUUACCCUCUCAAAACACUUACCAGGAAACGACUGUCUCAUUAUUCCACUGCUUUCUGUCUUAUCUGAAUAUCUGGACAAAAUCAAAAACAAAUUAGGAUCAAGAAGGAUUUUUGAGAAGCUUGUUUUUGAGUAGACAACAGAUAUUUGUAAUUCGUGUGGUUAUUGAUGGAUCGUUCAUAAAGAGUGGAAAUGGAUUCACUGUCUGCAGAUGAUUUUUCUUGUCCCGUCUGUAUUGAAAUCUUCAAGGAUCCUGUUGUUUUAUCAUGUAGUCACAGUGUCUGUAAAGAGUGUCUUCAACAGUUCUGGAGAACUAAAGAAACCCAGGAGUGUCCUGUCUGCAGGAGAAGAUCCUCAAGAGAUGCACCUCCAUGUAAUCUAGUGUUAAAAAACGUAUGUGAGUCCCUCCUGAAGGAGAGAAAAGAGAGGCAUUCAUCAGAGUCUGAGGAGCUCUGCAGUUUACACAGUGAGAAACUCAAGCUCUUCUGUCUGGAGGACAAACAGCCGGUGUGUUUAGUGUGCAGAGAUUCAGAGAAACACAUCAAUCACACAUUCAGACCCAUCAGUGAAGCUGUUCCAACUUAUAAGGAGGAGCUCCAUACAGCACUGAAGUCCUUACAAGAGAAACUUCAGCACAAAGCAAACAUUAAAGAAGAGUUUGAGAAAACAGUUCAACACAUCAAGUCUCAAGCUGAUCAGACAGAGCAGCAGAUUAAACAGCAGUUUGAGACGCUUCAUCAGUUUCUCAGAGAUGAAGAAGAAGCUACAAUCCUUGCACUGAGGGAGGAAGAGGAGCAGAAGAAACAUAUGAUGAAGGAGAAGCUGGAGGAGAUCAACACACACAUCUCAGCUCUUUCACACACAAUCAAAGACAUGGAGGAGAUGAUGAAAGACAGUGACCUCUGCUUUCUGAAGAAGUUUCCAGUCUCGAUGGAAAGAGUCCAGAUCUCAUCACAGCCGGAUUCACAGACUCCUUCUGGAGCUCUGAUUCAUGUGCCACAAUACUUAGGAAACCUGCCCUUCAGAGUCUGGAAGAAGAUGCAGGACAUCGUCCAGAACAGUGAGUCUGGAGAAGCUCCUGUGAUUCUGGAUCCAAACACAGCUCAUCCACGUCUCGUCUUGUCCAAUGAUCUGACCAGUCUGAGAUGGAGCAACAUCAGGCAACCUCUUCCUGAUAAUCCAGAGAGAUUUGACAUCUAUCCCUGUGUUCUGGGUUCAGAGGGGUUUAACUCAGGAACACACUGCUGGGAUGUGGAGGUUAAAGAGAGUCCAUCCUGGGGUCUUGGUAUAACUACAGCAUCAAACCAGAGGAAGGGAGGUGAUUUCUUCAAGACUGAUGUCUGGAGUGUGCAGCACAAAAUGUUUGAAGACUUUGGUUUUUCAGUUAAACAGGUUCUUCAAUGUGUGAGAGUGAAUCUAGACUAUGACAGAGGAACAGUGUCAUUCUCUGAUCCUGUAACUAACACACAUCUACACACAUUCACAACCACCUUCACUAAAACAGUCUUUCCGUUCUUUCAUAGCAUCUACCCUCUGAAGAUCUUACCAUUACAUUAUUCUAGGUCUAAUACUAUCUUCAACCAAAGUAAAUUCUAGCAUGAACCGGGGUGGGCUAAGGAGGCUGAAUCCCCAAAUGUUUUCAGUAAAGCACUGAAUGCUUUUAUGACCGUGUCUUGUGCGCAUCAUCAUGAGUUUUCAUGUGCAUCAAAAUAAUUUAUAUUAUACCAGCACUGCUUCAGAUAUUACUGUAGCCUAUAAAUUCAUAAUACCAAUCUCAUCAUCUGUUAAAAUUUGAUUAUUGUUCUUGUACUGUACAUAAAUGGAAAACUGAAGCAGGAUGCCUUAAUCAGUUUUAGUUUUGUUUUUACCUUAUCAAUUCUGAGUUUUUAAUCCAGUGGUGGACAGUAACAGAGUAGCUUCACUUUGUUACUGUACUUAAGUAAAAUUUUCAAGUAUCUGUACUUUA